AUGAAGGUGUUCCUUGCAGCUCUGUUUUUGAUCUCGCUGCGGUAUUCUUACGCCGUGAGUCCCACUGAUUGCCAUGGGACUGAGCCGGUGGCUGAGAAAGUUCUAGACCUGGUCAAUAAAUGGCGACGGGAUGGUUACCUUUUCCAGUUGCUGCGGGUCGCUGAUGCUCACUUGGACGAAGCGGAAUCUGCAGCUGUCUAUUAUUUAGUCCUAGAUGUGAAAGAAUCUGACUGUUCAGUCCUGUCCAGGAAACACUGGGAUGACUGUGAGCCAGCUGCUUCUAGGCGCCCAUCUGAUACGGUAAUCGGGCAAUGUAAGGUGAUAGCUACAAUGCUUUCAAAGGAAUCUCAGGAUCUUAGAGUGAAUGACUUUAACUGCACCAUGAGUUCUGUCUCUUCGGCACUGGUCAAUACCAAAGACAGUCCUGUGCUUCUGGAUUUCUUUGAGGAUACUGAGCCCUACAGGAAACAAGCCAACAAAGCCCUUGAGAAAUAUAAAACGGAGAAAGGUGAUGAUUUCACCUCUUUCAGGGUAGACAAAGUGGAAAGAGUUGCAAGAGCGCGAGGAGGGGAAAGAACCAAUUACUAUGUGGACUUCUCCAUAAGGAACUGCUCCGGGCCCCAUUCUCACAGGCACCCUAAUGUCUUUGGAUUCUGCAGAGCAGAUUUUUCAUAUGAAGUAGAAGCCUCUGACUUGGAAACCCCAGAAGAUCUUGUCACCAAUUGUGACGUCUUCAGUCUUGAGGAACAUAGAAACUUCAGUGGUGGACAACACUAUUUGGGCCAUCCAUUCCACUCUGGUGGACAUCAUCCCCAUGAGGAUCAUCCCCACGGACCCCCUCCCCACGGACACCCCCCCCAUGGACACCCACCCCACGGUCACCCCCCCCACGGACACCCCCCCCACGGACCCCCGCCCCACGAACACCCUCCCCACGGACCCCCGCCUCACGGACACCCCCCCCACGGACCCCCGCCCCACGGACACCCUCCCCACGGACCCCCGCCUCACGGACCCCCGCCCCACGGACCCCCGCCUCACGGACCCCCACCCCACGGACACCCACCCCACGGACCCCCGCCCCACGGACCCCCGCCCCACGGACCCCCUCCCCACGGACCCCCUCCCCACGGACACCCCCCCCACGGACACCCCCCCCACGGACAUCCCCCCCACGGACACCAUCCCCAUGGUGACAAUUUCCAUGGCCACACACCCUGUGACCCACCACCCUAUUACCAAGGUCCCCGUGAUCACCCUCGCCAUGACCUGCCACCUAGGCAUCCAAAAGAAAGAGGCCCAGGUAAAGGACCCUUUAUGUUCCAUUGGAGACAAGUUGGAUAUGUUUACCGGCUCCCCCCACUAAACAAAGGUGAAGUUCUUUCUCCUCCUGAAGCCAAUUUUCCCAAGCAGUCAUUGCCAAGCCAAAACAGUCCCCUGAAGCCAAAGAUUCAGCCCUUCCCUCAGUCAGCCUCUGAAUCAUGUCCAGGGAAGUUCAAUAAUGAGUUUCUACAACUUCUGCAGUUUUUUGAAAAUACAAUUCCAAAAUAA